UGCAUGCGGUUGAAGAACCGGCCGGCGCCCCGCUGCCGGUGCCCACAUGGCUCGUGGCUGCUACUGAUUCGGCCAAAGCGUGGCCGACUUUGCCUCUCCCUCUAGACGCAGGCACCCGCCCGCAUGGCACCCUCGCACUGCCAAGUGCCGACUGCAGGUCGACUGCCCUUCUCCCUCAGUCAUCCUGUGUAGCUUGCUUGCUUAGCUCUGCUCUUUGCUGUUACAAACGCGUUGUUGCCGUUGCGUCCACGUAAGAAUUCCUGACUCGUCUCGUACGUAUCAUCUCACGCGAUCUAGCUUCUUAUCGAACUGGUAUUAAACAUGAGCUGCCGCAGCUGUUGUUGUUUGUAUUUCUGAGGUCAACCGCGCGCGUACAAAGAGUCGCUUGUUUGUUACUAUUAGUUAGUUUCUUUAGUUUCCUACGUACAAGGGACUGCUUAGCUUCUCGGCUAUGCCGGUCAGGACAUGGCUCGCCGACCUGCGCUCGAAGCUCGUCGUCGGCGUUGGCCCCCGGGACCACGGCGGGCUUGGCAUCCUCGCCUUCGAGGCAGCAGCCACCAUGUCGCGGCUCGUGUCCCUCCACCGGACGGUGUCGGACGUCGAGGUCAGGAGGCUCCGCGGCGACGUCUUGCGCGCCGAGGGCGUCGCGCGGCUAACGUCCGCGGACCAGGCUCUCCUGCUCCGUCUCGCGUGCGGCGAGCUCCUGGCGGACCUGGACCGCGCCGCCGACAGCGUGGCGCGCCUCGGUGCGCGGUGCUGCGCCGGCGCCGGCGACACGCCGGCGCCGCUCCUGCGGGACUUCGACCGGAUCUACGCCGAGGCGAAGCGUAGCCGCCUCGCGCAGCUGGACGCCACGGUCGGGUUCUCCAGGGGCGCCACGAAGCGGUUCAGGGAGAUGGAGCGCCACGUGGUCGUGGCGGCGAAGCUGUACGCGGAGAUGGACGCGCUCAGCGAGCUGGAAGCGUCGCAGCGGCGGAUGGAGCAGUGGAAGCAGCACAGCGGGCCCAUCCCGGCGCAGUCUUUGGGGACGGGCAAGAGGUCGUCAGCGGGCGAGCCCGGAGAGAAGCUGAUGAGCAAGCUCAGGGCGCAGCGGCACAAGGUGCGACGGCUCACCGAGGGAUCACUCUGGAACGUCGCCGCCGGCAAGGCGGCGAGGCUGAUGGCCAAGUCCGUCCUCGCCGUGCUCGCACGCAUCUCCCUUGCUUUCAGCGCGUCCGUUCCAGGCCUCCCCCCUUGGACGGUAGGACGCGCGUGGGCGCUGGGUCACUCGUCAGGCCCGUUGCACCGGUCGGCGACGCCCGCGGCGCUCCGGCACUCGGCUCCCAUCUUCGGCCAGAAAGACGCCGCCUCUCCACUGUUGGAAUCGAUCAAACCAUCGGUGAGCAUGGUCGGCGGCUCGAGCAUGGAGCUGCGAUACGCGAACGUGAUCUUGACCGCCGAGACGUUGCUCGCGGCGCUGAGGCCGCCGGCGGCAGGUGACAGCGAGGAAGUGCAGGAAGGGAUGAUCGACCUGUCGACGAGAGACGCGCUGUACAAGAUGCUGCCCGUCAGCAUCCGCGAGGCCAUGAACACGAAGCUGAGAGAGAGAUGGGGUAAAGGACAACCCGUGGACGAGGUGGCUGCGGCGGAAUCGAGGGAUGCGGUGGAGCGUCUGCUGCGAUGGUUGAGCCCGAUGGCGCACGACACUCUGCGGUGGAACGACGAGCGGAGUAUGGAGCGGGCGCAGCGGUUCGGCAUGCAGCCGCGCGCGCUCAUGGUGCAGACGCUGCACUUUGCCGACCGGCAGAAGACGGAUGCUGCUAUUGUUGAUGUGCUCAUCGACCUCAGCUGCAUAUGCUGGUACGACGAUGAGCGGCGACGGCUGGAGUCUCAUGACUGGGACGCCGAGUAGCACCUACAGAUUUAGCUGUGAUUGUAUCGUGUGUGAAUAUCAUGGUAUGGAGUAACUGCAAGUCACAGGUACAUAGAGCAAGGUCUUGUUUGGUUUGGAGAGUUAAACUUUAACUCUCAUCAUAUCAAAUGUUAGACUAUUUACGAAAUUAAAAACAUAGCUAAAGAGUAA